AUGACAGAUCCCGCCUUGGGGGUUGCAGAGACCCUUCAAUCCGCAUCCAUCAAUCCCGACCCUUCCCCAUCCCACGACAUCAAUCCAUCAACCUCAACCUCGGAGAAGACGCCCGUCGUUAUUAGAUACGCUCCCUCCGAGCCCGACAGCAUUCCUUCGGAUGUCGUGGAUCCUCAUAGAGUGAUUCUGCCUAUUUCACGGCGGCACAACCUGCCUCCAUUACCAGAUUUGCGAUUUGAGCAGAGUUACCUGGCCAGCAUACGGGGGGCCGACACUUGGGGACGAGUGGCGUGGAUCACAGUCAGAGACCAGGUUCUUCUUCCCUUGAUCCAGGGUACGCUCUGGACUCUCGCGCUCUCCGGCUGGCGGUUCUGGAACCGCUCCGCCUCCCUCAGUGGCCAGACCUUGGGCAGCAGGAUCCGACGGUGGUGGUACGAAGUGAACAAUUGGAAGCUUCCUCGUCUCCCUUCAUCGAAAGGUCCCCAACUUGCGGCGCGUGCAGAGGACUUCUACACAGCUCAGUUUUCAAAUGCAGGUGCCGACUAA